AUUUGAAGUAGUGUGAAACUGGAAAAUAUCGCAUUAUAAAAGCAAAUGCGUUCCGUUGAGCUGUGUUCUAUUAAUUUAAAACUAUAGUCCGUGUUAAGUAAUAUAUUAAUAACUAAAUAAUAUAGCUUAAAUUCAGUGUAUAUUUGUUUUCAAUUAAAGUUAAGAUGGAGCGACGAUUUAUGAAUGUUAUUUUGCUCGGUUUUGGUUUUAUGUUUGUGUUUACUGCUUUCCAAACGAUGGGAAAUAUUGAGAAAACUAUCCUGGACAGUAUAACACAGGACGACAGCUCGUUCACCGGUGAUGGGUACACGUCGCUGGCCAUCAUCUACGCCACCCUGGCGCUCUGCAACUGGAUGGCACCUUCGGUCAUCAGCAUCACGGGACCCCGGGGGGCCAUGCUCAUCGGUGCGGUGACCUAUUUAUUCUUUAUAAUAACGUUCCUGUUUCCGCGCACUUGGCUCUUGUACGUGGCGAGUGUUAUGAUCGGCGCGGGCGCAGCAGCUAUCUGGACGGGCCAGGGUAACUACCUCACACUCAACAGCGACGCGGACACCAUCUCGAGGAAUUCAGGAAUCUUUUGGGCUAUGUUACAAUGCAGCUUAUUCUUCGGGAACCUGUUCGUGUUCAUCAAGUUCCAAGGCAAGACCCACAUCGACCUGGAGACACGGAACGUGGUCUUCGGAGCGCUCACGGCGGUCUGCGCUGUGGGUAUCGUCUUCCUGCUCCUCCUGCGACCGAUACGCAGGGCUCCGGCAAUUGACGAUGUUAAGAGUGAAAUGGUCGAGUCUGCGGGUCCUAUGGAGGCGUUCAAAGGCGCUCUUCGGUUGUUUGGCACACGUGACAUGAUAAUGCUCAGUGCUGCAUUUAUCUAUACAGGUGUGGAGUUGUCCUUCUUCAGCGGAGUGUACAGCCCCAGCAUUGGGUUCACGUUGGCAAUGGGUGACAAUGUGAAGCAGCUCGUUGGACUGUCUGGUGUGUUCAUUGGACUGGGAGAAGUGCUUGGUGGUGCUCUGUUCGGUAUCCUCGGCAACAAAACCACCCGCUGGGGCCGCGACCCGAUCGUGAUAAUGGGCUAUUUCAUCCACAUGACCAGCUUCUUCCUCAUCUUCAUCAACCUGCCCAACGUAGCGCCUUUCGGAGACACGAUGGACACUUCAUACAUCUCGCCGUCUUCGUACCUGGCCAUGUUCUGCAGUUUCCUGCUGGGUUUCGGAGAUGCGUGCUACAAUACCCAGAUCUACUCCAUACUGGGCGGCAAAUAUGCAGAUAAUAGUACCUCGGCGUUCGCUCUCUUCAAGUUUACACAGUCGCUUGCAGCAGCUGCGUGUUUCUUCUAUUCGUCCAAAGCCCUAUUGUCAGUGCAGUUAGGUGUGUUGGCAGUAUUGGCAACAGUUGGUACUGCUGCGUUCUGCCGCGUGGAAUGGCGGGACCGAGCUCGCGCCAGAGGGAUGUCCAUCGAUGUGGUGGAGGACAAACUAUCGCCAGCAACACACUCUCUAGCCGAUAGCCCUCUUCAUUACGAUUGAGCAUCCGUGAUUCAUCAUAAAGUUUCAUGGAUUUUAUACAGCGCCAUCUUGCGACGUGUUUACGUCGAUAUUAAUAAGUUCAUAGCCUCAUUGGUCUUUUGACAUGAAUCGAAAACUAUUUUACACUGCUUGUAAAAAAAAAACCUGUGGUUAUUUAUCAAAAAAGAUGAGAAUAUAUGUUAAAUAUGCAAUUAACAUCUAAUUGAAUGCAAAUUAUAAUGCUAUUAUAUAUUUUAACUCAAUUUUCAAUAAAAAUGUUGUUUGCUUAUAGCUAGCAAUAGAUAAUAUAUUAAACAUCAUUUCUUAAGAGCAUUAAAGUAAGGUUUAAAUUAGUGAUGUGCCGGAUGAUUAGAAAUGUGAUCGGCAGAUACGGAUCAAAACCAAGAAACCAGUUCUUGUUAGAAAAGAACAUUGCCAGAGUCUAUAGCUAAUAUGUUAGAUAGUUAUAUUGACGAUGAGCAUUCUGAAAAUCAAAUAUAAUAUACGAAAAGUUAUUUGCUCAUACAAUAUAUUUCAGAAAAAAGUGUGUGUGUGUGUGUACUUAUGUAUGCACGCAAGAAGUUAUAGUACUUCUUCGGCCUAACGAAGAAAAAAUCAUUACAAUGCGUGCUAUUCUACGUUUUUAGAAUGAACAAUUUUGUUUUGACAAUUAAUUAUUAAAUAAUGAAUACGGCUGUAUGGGCUUGAACCCUUUGCCUGUCCUAAUAAUGGACGAAGAAAACAAAAAAGAAACGGAUGACGCAAACGUCAGAAAUUUUUUGGAACGAACUUCAACCUGUUACUUUUGUAUUACAAUGAUGCGCGCGCUUCUUAAAAUUUCAUCCUCAUCAUUUAUUUAUAAUGCGCCUAAAGAAGUAUAACUUCAAAAAAAUUGUCAAAGACCAAGACCCACUAAUGUAUUGGCAGAUUAAUAGUAAAAAGUUUGGAAGUCUCAGUCAUACCUUGCACACAUUUAUUAUCACUUGUAAGAAGCGUUCUAAGUGGUUCGUAGGUUCUCAACGUGGGCGAUAACGCCCCCUUGUGGACGUUUGAGACUUUCGGGGGGGCAGUAAAAGAUCCAGAGACAAUUAAGGGGCAUUGAGAUGGCGCAGAUGGGGCGUGGGUAGAUUAAAAAAUAUAGUCUAAAAAGGCAAAAAAAAUACACGAAAAUACUCUAGACAAAACAUAUUCUCAAAGUGGGCGGUGAGCAAAAUAAGGUUGAGAAACUAUGGCCUAGCGAAACUCUUAGAAAAUAGCGAUUGUAUGAAACGUGCAGUGAUUGAUAGAUGACGGCUAUAAUCUUGUAAAAAACGGGGAAAGCCGAAAUCCACUACGUUAUACAACUGUUCGCGUUCAAACUUAGCCAGAUUAUAAUUCGUUGCUAUAAUGCAUAUACUAUUUGAAACUUAUGUCAAAUCCCACUGCACAUAUUGUCAUAUUAAAUUAAAUCUAAUUUUUUACAUGGGCAGUCCAUCCUCUUAGGUUAUUAUGUAUGUAUUUACAUCCUCUUUGUGCACAAUUUUUCAAAUCCAAAUCCUCAUCGAAACAGACCUUUGGGGGAUAAAGCUGUCAAGUUUCCCGUUUUUGAAGUACCUUCAAUUUAUCCAUAACAUUAUUUCAAAUAACGAAUUUAAUUUUAAUAAUGACAUUAUUUUUUUAAGGUUCUUUAAUUGUCACUGUGUUUUUAAUAUAAAGUUAAUACUUUGAGUGUCACAAAAUUUACAUACUAAAUCAGAAUAAUGUUUUAAUUAAAAUAGUUUAAUUUUUUUUACAAAAGUGAUUAUAUAAAUGUUACAAACAUUAAAACUCAAUUGAUCUCAAAAUAAAUCACCUACAUAUAGAAUAGAAACGGAUAGGGAUACGCAUUUUUUUGCUCCCGCGGAAAUGGAUUCACAUAUCCGGAACAUCACUAAAUUAAACGUUUUUUUUCUCACAUUAAAAUGUUAAAUAUUUGAACAGAAUGACACAUCAAGUAGUUUGGUGUAUCACAAUACAUUCCAAGAUAAUUGGUUUCAUAGAUUAGAGAUUAAAUUAAGACAAAAAAUUGAAAUGAUUUAAGCAUUAGCAAAUUUAUUCAAAACAUUUCGAACUAAGAAUUGUCAUUUUUAUGUCGGAUGAUGGAAUUUUGUCCAUAAUAAUGUGAUAUUUAAAUAGUACCUAUAUAAUAUUGUAUUAAAUUACAAGUUUAAAAGCUUGCAUUAAUGUUAAUAGUAUUAAGUAAAAGAGAUAAUCGAAUUUUAAACCAACUAGUUUAAGUCUCCAUACAUGGCUUCCAUUUGUAUCUUCCAUUCGUUUCUAUUUUAAAUAAAUAUUGAAUAAUGUAUUUUAAGGUAAAAUUAAUUUUAUAUAGUUUGUCGCAUAUUUCGUAGCGGUAAUGCUACUAGAAGAUUAUUUUAAAUAACAUUCCACUAACCGUUAAUUAAUGAAUUAAAAGAUUACUAGGUUGGGUUGAUGAGUUGUCAUCACAACUGCCCAAUUAUGGAACCACAUACUCGUUCUUUACACAUUUCACUAUUGCACUGUUUAUUGAAGCUACACUAUUAAAUGAUUUAAUACAUCAAAUCAAACCUAGGACUACAUUGUGGAUGUAAGUUAUCAUAUAUCUAAGUGUUCGUGGUUGGCACUCCAAGCACACCAGUGGGAGACCUCCCUUACACAGGAUGCCGGCUAGAUUAUGGGUACCACAAUGGCGCCUAUUUCUGCCGUAAAGCAGUAAUGUGUAAACAUUAUUGUUUUUCAGCCUGAAGGGUGCCAUAGCUAGUGAAAUUACUGGGUAAAUGAGAUAAGUCUCAAGUUGAAAAAUUGUUAAGACAUUUUAUGUCUCAAGGUGAAGCUCGAAAUUGUAGUGCUGUUCAGAUCCUGAUGGGCACAGCAUUGUUAUGGACAGGGUGUAUCAAUUACCAUCAGCUGAAUGUCGUGCUUGUCCUUAUUUUCAUUAAAAAAAAAACACAACAAUCUAAAAUAAGAAUUGUUCAUUCAAUAAUAAUUACAAUGUAGUUGAACUACUAAAAAUUAAUUACAGAUUAGCAGGGUUUAUUGUAAUAUGUAAUGAGCUAAAAGCAAUGAGAUUAGUUCUAUAUGAAUGUGCACUCAAAAAUUGUCUUAAUUGUAUAACUGACUAUCCACAUUGGUCACAUAAUAUUUAUGUUCAAUGUACUCAAACAUAAUAUAAAGUAUGUAUUUACAAGAUUUUGUCUAAAGUUACUAAAAUAUUCCACAAAAUAUUGGUAAUUCUAGUCAAUGAAAACUUUAUGAAUUGUAUUUAUCAUGUUAACUAUUUUUUAUUAUGUAUAUUUUUGGAAAAUAAGUGUGUAAGCAAAGUUGAAUUAUGUUGUACCAUACUUAUAUAUUAUAAUAGGAAAUAAUAUUAUUUAAUAAAGCGAAAUAAUUACUUA